GGAAGCAUGAAUCUGAGAAACACCCAAAGUAUUUUCUCUAACUUUUGAUCUUGUGCUCACUGCUGUAAAACACAUUGACAUCAACAACUGUGCUGGAGUUUGGAGCAGCGAUAUGAAAAUAAUUUAUGCAUAAAUGUGCACAACUCAUGAAAUGAUGAACUCCAGACUCUCAUCUCUGAUCCUGCUGUUACACAUUCAAGACUCCCUCACAUUGAACAGCUUUACUGUUUACUGUGAUAAACAGAAUAUUUGUGCUGUAAGAGGGACACAGGUGAAACUGAGGUGCGAUUACUCAAACAUCAACAUCAAAACUGUGUUCUGGUUCAGCCAAAAACAGAAAACAAACUGGAGAAACAAAGAUGAACCUGAAGAUUUGACUUUAGAUUCAGAUUACUCAGGACGAUUGGAUCAGUGGAUUGGAAACUACCAAUCACAACUCACUAUAUCAGAUCUGAUAGAGAGAGACAGUGGAGAAUAUCAGCUCAUGUUCAUUAUGAAGGAUGGAGUUAAACAUCUCAGCUCAGUCACAGUCAAUCUAACAGUCACAGUUUUACAGGUGAAGAUGAAUCCUGAAUCUACAGAUGAAGUAAAACUGAGCUGUGAUUCUUCCUGCAAACUGACAUCUGAUUACAACUGGUACAAGAAUGGACGAAUGGUUUCAAAAUACAGCACAAACAUAUUUGAGCCAUCCAGGGGAAGCACUGACAGCUAUUCCUGCUCUCACUACACGUAUGGAAAAUACACUCAAUCCUCUUCUGUAUGUCUUUCUAACAGUGGCUGUUGGGGUGUGACUUACACCUCUAGAAGAGUUUGUGCUUUAGUGGGAUCAACAGUAGAUAUUCACUCUUCAUACUCACAUCCCACUGGAUAUACAGUAGAGAAAACAUACUGGCAUUUACCAAACAAUCCAUCUACAGACAAAGAUUUGCGUGAGGAGCGUAAAUUUUCUGGUCGUGUGGAGUAUGUUGGAAACACACUGAGAAUCAAAGACGUCAUCACGAGUGACACUGGUGAAUAUGCAUUCAGGUUCAUCACUAACACAAAUGGAUUUUCUGGUUAUCCUGGAGUCACUCUUACUGUUACAGGUACACAGGUGAUAAGCAGCCCAAACCCUGUGAUAGAUGGAGAAAAAGUGAUAUUAAGCUGUUCAACCAAAUGCACUCUGGAUAGCAAACAUACUUACAUCUGGUAUAAGAAUGGACAACAGGUAACAGAUGGAUUGAGAUUAUUAAACAAGCUGUACCUGGACUCGAUCAACAGUGAGGAGAUACAAGAGUAUUCAUGUACUGUAAGAGAAACAAUGGACUCAAUCCAAACAAUCUCAGUGUUUGGUCAUCUCACAGUCUGUCUGCUGGUGUUUCUGCCUCAGUUUCUCAUUUUAGGAUCUCUGUGGAUGUGGUUUUUCAUCAGCAUGAACAAAUUAAAAUCUAAAAACAGAACUGAUGACAAACAUGAAGAGACUCAAGUGGUGCACAUGUCUGUGUGUAGAUCAGCUGAACGGUUGGAGUGAUGUCACAACUCUCUAUAUGACAUCAUCACCUAUCAAAAAUCUCUCAGCAGUGACAUCAUUGAUGCAAUGAUGUCACAUAUGGACUACCUGCACAUCUGGGAACUUGACUGUAAAUUUUGUCACCACCCCUUUUUGGGGGAAAACAAACUAGACUUCCCAUAGACUUCCCAUUAUUAGUAUUUAAAAAAAAAGAGAUACAUCCAGGUCAUUUGAACAGCACCAAAGAAAGACAAACUAUGAUACACUGUGCUACUGUUUAUUUAAAACCUUUUAAACAUUGUAGCCAUUUUUUAUAAAGUUGUCAUGAUGCAAACAUGACAAAUUAAGAACUACAGUCUCUUAAUUAAAGUUAAAUUAACAAUUGUAAAAACUUAAAAGUGAUAGUUCACCCAAAAAUGAAAAUUUUGU